GGGAGUGAGGGAGGGGCGGGCGGGGUGGGGGAUGAGCGGGCUGAGGCGUAGCACGGGGACGCCUCCUUGUAUAAAACCUGAUGACACCCUCAGUGGGCCUUUCUCUCACCUGUCACCUUGAUUGGGACUGCGGUGCACCGAGACGGAACCUUAAAGACCAUGGCAAAGGACAAAAUCCACAUAAACAUCGUGGUGAUUGGUCAUGUCGACUCCGGCAAGUCCACCACCACUGGCCAUCUGAUCUACAAAUGCGGAGGAAUCGACAAGAGGACGAUCGAGAAGUUCGAGAAGGAAGCCUCUGAGAUGGGGAAGGGGUCGUUUAAGUAUGCCUGGGUCUUGGACAAGCUCAAGGCAGAGAGGGAACGUGGUAUCACCAUUGACAUCGCCCUCUGGAAGUUUGAGACCACCAAGUACUACGUCACCAUCAUCGAUGCCCCCGGCCACAGAGACUUCAUCAAGAACAUGAUCACAGGCACCUCCCAGGCUGACUGCGCCGUGCUGAUUGUGGCAGCGGGCGUGGGUGAGUUUGAGGCGGGCAUCUCCAAGAAUGGGCAAACCCGCGAGCACGCGCUGCUGGCGUACACCCUGGGGGUCAAGCAGCUGAUCGUGGGGAUCAACAAGAUGGACAACACCGAACCCCCGUACAGCCAGUCUCGCUACGACGAAAUCACCAAGGAAGUCUCCGCCUACAUCAAGAAGAUCGGCUACAACCCCGCCACCGUGGCCUUUGUGCCCAUCUCCGGUUGGCAUGGAGACAACAUGCUGGAGGCCAGCACCAACAUGUCCUGGUUUAAGGGCUGGAGUGUGACGCGAAAAGAAGGGAACGGUUCUGGUGUUACACUGCUGGAUGCUCUGGACGCCAUUCUGCCCCCGUCCCGCCCCACAGAGAAACCUCUACGGCUCCCCCUGCAGGACGUCUACAAGAUUGCAGGUAUCGGGACCGUGCCGGUGGGGAGGGUGGAAACAGGCAUCCUCAAACCCAACACAGUGGUGACCUUUGCCCCCUCCAACGUGACAACGGAGGUGAAGUCGGUGGAGAUGCACCACGAGGCGCUGACUGAGGCGCUGCCAGGGGACAACGUGGGCUUCAACGUCAAGAACGUGUCCGUCAAGGAGAUUCGCCGUGGCAACGUGGCUGGAGACAGCAAGAAUGACCCGCCCCUGCAGGCUGACAGCUUCAUUGCUCAGGUCAUCGUGCUGAACCACCCGGGGCAGGUCAACGCGGGUUACCAGCCUGUGCUCGACUGCCACACUGCGCACAUCGCCUGCAAAUUCGCCGAGCUGAAGGAGAAGAUCGACCGCCGCUCCGGCAAGAAGCUUGAGGACAACCCAAAAUUCAUCAAGUCAGGGGAUGCUGCCAUAGUGCAGCUGAUCCCCUCCAAGCCUAUGUGUGUGGAGAGCUUCGCUGACUACCCCCCUCUAGGACGCUUUGCUGUGCGUGACAUGAGGCAGACUGUGGCCGUUGGUGUCAUCAAGUCCGUUGAGAAGAAGACCGCCUCCAGUGGCAAGGUCACCAAGUCCGCUAUAAAGGCUGGGGGAAAGAAGUGAGCCACACCCCCUCCCUCAGGCACAACCCCCCCCCCCCCCAGAGACUGCUGCUCAUCCGGUCCCGGAGGUGGAGAGGACUGGAUGCUUACCUUCCAGCGGUGGAGGGCUGGUCUGUGGCCACGCCUCCACUGAUAUUGCCCUGUAAUCGGUCUUCUGGCAGCAAUAAAGAUCAUUAACCUCA